AUGAUCUAAUUUGUGUGCCAAAAUUUAGACAAGUCUCAAUUUCCUCCAUCCCUCCACCAUUUGCACUACAAUUCCAUCUCUCUCACUCCACCAUGGGAGCCACCAUCUCCACCACCACAACCCCACUUUCCCAUCAAACCCUAACCCUAGUUCGCCACCAUCAACUCCGCCAUUUCGCAAAAUGGACGCCUUACAAACCCCUCCCUAAACCCAAACUCCAUCAAAAACUCCGAGCCAUCAAAACCCUAAAAUCCCACCUCCAAGAUUCCUACUUUAUCUCUCCUUUCCCCUGCCAUGGCUUCUCAGCCAACAAAUUCAAAACCUUAAAAACCCCUCUUCCUUCUGACCCAUCUGCUGCAAAGCUUGUUUUUGUGAAGAAUUCACUGGUUUCAAAGGCCUUUUCUGGGACCCAGUUUGAGGCAUUGGGGAGUUGUAUGAAGGGGAUGAAUUCUCUUCUCUUUGUUAAGAAGGAAGAUGCUGUGGGCCCUGUUAUGGGUGGUGUUAAAGCUGCUGUUAAAGAUGGAAAGAUGGAGUUUAAUGAUUUUCCUGGGGCUGUUGUUGGUGGUCAGCUUUAUGGACAUUUGGAUUUGGAGGUUUUCAGGAGUUCACCUUCUAAAAUGGAGUCCCAUGGGAUGCUUCUUGGCUCGCUUUUCGGGCCGUCUUCGACGUUGAUGGCACUUGUGGAAGGGUUUGCUGCUGGUGAUGCUGCGGCCGAUGCGGGUGCUUCUGAUGUUCCUGCUGAGGGUGAAAAUGUUGCUAAGGAUGUCCCUGCUCAGUGACAUUGCAAUAAUUGAGGACUUGGUGAUAUAAUUUUCUUGCAUAUUUCUUAAGAAACAGAGAACUUUUUGCAGGAGCAGAUGGUAAAAGAGUUGUAGCAAAAUUCUGGUGAGCAGGAUCUACUUUCAGUGGCAAUGCAAAGUGUUGGAUCCCUGUGUACUGUUAUUAUAGAUGGUUUCUACGAGAAAAGAAUUUGCAAAUUUAUGAUUCUUUUUAGGAUUUACAUUUCCUUUCUCAGAUAAAUGCGGGGUUGAUAUACAAAUUAGUUGCCUCAAUCCUGGAGUUCCUUUGUAACUUCUCUCUCAAAAGCAUACCAGAUCAAAAUGGCGGUCUUUAGCCAUUCAUUUCCUUUCUUA